AUGGGGGGCGUGCAGUUUGGCGAAUGGCCGUACCUCUUAGAAGAAAGCGAGGUGAGAUCCUGCGCGUAUUCGCCAGAUAGGAAGUUCUGUGCGGUAGGCCUCUACGAUGGCACGGCAAGCGUAUAUGACACUUCGACUUGGGCAAAAGCCCACACCUUGCGUGGUCACACCGACUCAGUUGAGAGCGUGAUGUAUUCACCCAGCGGCCAGCAGAUCGCCUCUGGAAGUGGGGAUAAGACUGUGCGACUGUGGGACCCGCAAACCGGUGCACCUAGUCCCAUCUUAAGCGGCUAUACCGACUGGGUUACGAGUGUGGUGUAUUCGCCCAGCGGCCAGCAGAUCGCCUCAGGGAGUUGGGACAAGACGGUGCGACUGUGGGAUGUGAAUUUGGGUCAGUGUUUGGCAGUUGCUGAAGGUUUCCAUGGAUUUAUCGCAAGCAUCGCCUGGAACGCUACUCCAAACGGCACCUAUUUCGCAACUGGCUGUGUCUAUAAGUCUGUUCGCAUGUGGCAGGUCAUAGAAGAGGCGAGUCGCUAUCAGGUGCGCCUGCAUUGGAUUUCGAUGCAUGACAGACUUACCGUGUCAGCUACCUCUAUCCAAAACGUGCAAGGCUUAAGCAGGAUAAAUAUGCGGCUAUUAGAACAACGUGGCACUGUGGGCAAGCCGAUUCCACCUUUGGGCUUUCGCGAGGCAAGCAGAAAGCUAAUGACCAUGGCGUCCGUGGCGCAUAAACUCAAGGUGCCGUCAAACCACAGUACGAUGGAUUCCAUUGCCACGACCGAUUCUCUCGCUGUACAGUCAGCGAAGCCGGUCGAUUCGGCAAAUGUCUUUUCUCAUGCUUGA